CGCUGCUCUCCCCCCUCCAGAAAUCUCAUGAUCCUUAUGUAUCUCUGGAUCCGCGUGGCCUUCAAGAUCAGAAUAGUAUUUCUCCUGGAUAUCACUCAACCAACCUGCAAUGAUGCCCAUGGACUGCCAUCAUUACUGCUGAUCUUCCACCGCGAUCCGAUUAUAGUCCCCGCAAACCAAUGGACUCGCAGCCUUCCCCCACUAAGCCUAAAUCCUCUAAGCAAGCCUGCGAUAACUGUCGUCGUCGAAAGAUCAAAUGCUCUAGGGAGCUCCCUUGCGACAAGUGCCAGCGUCUCCUGCUCUCCUGCUCCUACAGUGACGUUUUACGGCGCAAGGGUCCCAAAUUUCGCACCAUCUAUCCACUUGCGCCCAUUCACCCAUUGGUAUCCCGCCAACAACAAGACGCUUUUCACCAGCACCCGCGGCAGUACCCUCCAGAGAAGCAAUGGACAGCUGAUCCUGUGGUCUACCCGUUGGCAAGGUCGCCAACGUCGCCACCAUUCACAUUAACGGACUCUCAAUACCUGUCUCAUGAUGUUUUGGAACCGCUUGCGCAGCUCCCUCCUCCGGAGCUAGUUUCCUCUCCUGACUCGAUGAACUCUCUCUCGGAUUCUACAAUCGGCAUCAUUCGUCCCUAUGCAAGGCGCCUUUCAGCCCCGGUACUCUUAGCUCACGUCAAUGUUUAUCUCAAAUAUCUGUUCCCCAUCAUGCCAGUAGUGCGGAGGCAGGAGCUCCAGCGAGACUGCCAUCGACCCGAACUACUUUCCUCGCAGAGGUACGCAUUUCUGGCAUCUCUAUGCGCCGCCACGCAUAUCCAGCUCAAGUUGGACGGAACGACUUCUGUGCCCGAUCCCUCGCAUUUUCCGACUGGGGCCGAAGGCCACUCGUGCAUGUCGGGAGAGGAGUUGCUGGCCGAGGCAGUACGAGCAAGGAAAGACUGCGAUGUAGUGGAAGAUCUCAAUAUGGACAGUCUCCUGACAUCGUUCUUCCUCUUUGCUUCCUACGGCAAUCUAGACAAACAAGACCAUGCUUGGUUCUACCUGUGUCAGGCCACCUCCAUGGUCUUCACGCUAGGUCUCAACCGCGAAUCAACUUACGCUGAGUUGAGUGUCGAAGAAGCCGAAGAGAGGCGGAGAGUCUUCUGGCUGUUAUUUGUGACAGAAAGGGGCUAUGCACUCCAGCAGGCCAAACCGGUCAUGUUACGCAACUGCAUUCACAAACCACAAGUCCUCUGCUCCGAAGACCCGAUCCUCGCCUACGGAUUCAUCAAUCUCAUCAGCAUCUUCGAGAAACUGACCGUCAAUCUCUUCGACUGGAUAUCCGCCGGCGGCGUCGACAGCUCGUCCGAGAUCCCACCCACCUCCGCCAUCCAGUCCAGUCUCUGCAAAACGAUAUCCCUGGAAGGGGUGUCAGAGAUUCAGAAGGUUGAUAUCCUCAUCACCCAACAGUGGCUGCAAGCCAUGAUGUGGAAGCUCUCUAUGACCAGCCCCACCCAGCCCGGAUCUCGCGAUGAUGCAGUCCUCCCAUUUCACCUGCCAGUCAUGGUCGGAAGGGCCGUGAUGAACGUCAUCAGCGCAGCAUCUCAAGAUGCCGUCGAUGCCCACGGCAUCGGCAUGGAACAAAAACUCUUCGACCUAGGCACCGCCGUCGCCGACGUCACACGCUCCCUAGGCUCCGGCUCGAAACCCUCCACCCACCGUCUCACCGACUCUGCCAUCGACCCCCGCGAACUCCUCUGGGGGAUCCUCACCACCCUCUCCCGCAUCCGUGGCUCCCAGUCUCACCUCUUCCCCACGUUACUGGAGCGCUGCAAAGGCGCCCUCGACUUCACCUCCCCACUCUCCAUGGGCGACAACAACAACAACAACAACAACAAUCCCUCCGAACCGUGGAACGCGGAGACCAGCGGACUAGAGAUCGUUGCCUCGUUGUCGGAAACCCUCAACCUCCAAGAUCAUCACCAGGAUCCCGAUGACGUCGAUACGCUGUCGCAGAUUCUGUCCAUGGCUUCACAGAUAGAAUAUCAGGCAGGGAAUGGAGGGGCCGGCGGUGGUGAUCGUGGUCAUAAGUGA